CGGAACUUCCGGCCGGGGCCGCCAUUUUGACUUCCCGACCUUGGGCUCCUGUUUUGCAGUCGGGUUCCUGUGGUCAUGUCAGUGCUGACGCCGCUGCUGCUGAGGGGCCUGACUGGCCCUGCCCGGCGGCUGCCGGUGCCGCGUGCCCAGAUCCAUUCCAAGCCGCCGCGGGAGCAGCUCGGGACCAUGGAUGUCGCCAUUGGGCUCACCUCCUGCUUCCUGUGUUUCCUCCUGCCAUCGGGCUGGGUCCUGUCACACCUGGAGAGCUACAAGAAGCGGGAGUGAAGGGGGCUGUCCUCCCCCUCCCCCUGUGACCUGACCACCCCUGGCCUGUCCUGAUCAUGUCUGCUGCAUUCCUGGCCGGCCUCCCCUGGAUCAUGUCCUUCAGUUACAGUGACCUCUUCUGCAAUCAUGACCUCUCAACCUCUCCAUGGUGACAUCCUGGGACCACAUAUAUUUGUUUAUAAAGCCCUGCUCAGUAGAGCCCCACCUUGCAACAAUAAAGUCUAUUUAAACCUUG